AUGUUGAACUUCCGUCUGCCCGCAAGAUUUUGCAAAAAGCCCGGCCCGACUGCGGUUGGUUCUUCCUGGUUUCCCUGGCUUCUAUUGUGGUUGGAGCAUCCCUGCCUGUGUUUGCAGUAUUCUACAGCGAAAUAUUCAAUACAUUCACCCUGGUUGGGCAAGAGAUGCAAGACGCUGCUUUCUUCUGGUCCAUGAUGUUCUUGGUCCUGGCAGCUGCUAGUGGUCUGGGGCACUUCUUCAGGACGCUUGGUGUAGGCAUUGCUGGUGAGAACCUGACAUUCCGCCUGCGGGUUGCUGUGUUGGCCAACAUACUGCGGCAACACAUGGGCUGGUUUGAUGAAGACUCCCAUUCCUCGGCCAAACUGGCCUCUCGGCUAGCGAGUGACGUUCCUGUUGUUAAAACUGUGAGUGGAGCGGAAUUUCAUUUUUCUUUUUCAUGGCACCUACAUUUGGGCCAGACGCCGGAGGCCGCCUGGGACAAAAUUUUUGACAUCAACGUGAAGAGCGCCUUCCUGCUCACAAAAGAAGUUGUGCCUCACCUAGAGAAGAGAGGGGGAGGUUCUAUAGUCUAUGUCUCGUCCAUAGCUGCUUACCAGUCAUUCCCCCUCCUCGGUGCGUACUCAGUGUCCAAGACUGCAUUGCUGGGCCUCACACGAGCAGUGGCAGAGCAGGUAGCGCCGCUCAACAUCCGUGUGAACUGCAUCGCUCCAGGCAUCAUCAAGACCAAAUUCAGCCAAGCGCUAUGGAAAGAGCAGUCCGUAGAAGAUGCCAUUCUGACACAAGUCCCGCAGAAGAGGCUGGGAACUCCAGAAGACUGCGCCGGCGUCGUGUCCUUCCUAGUCUCCGACGACGCCCGCUAUGUGACGGGGGAGAAUGUUCCCGUGGCUGGUGGCUUCUUCUGCAAGCUCUGAGGACGAUGUUUGCUACUUACACGAGAAGUCUCUCCCUGAAAGUUGCACAGGAGCAUUGCACAGAAGAUUCCGCAAGACAUGCACAUUACGAGUUUACCAAUACGCACAUAUAGCCAGUAUAUACACGCUACAAACACAGUGCCUGAGGCACACAUCUGGGUUCCUGUUGAAACACUGAAGAAUCGUGAAGUCUUCUGUGCACAGAACAGUCAAACCUCGAUAUUACAAACUAAAUCUAAAGCAUUUCUCGCCAAAUCGGCAUUAUCAACGAAUAUGUUAAUUAUGACUUGUUUUUGCCUUGAAUACAGUUUCAUUAUAACGAGGUAUGACUAUUACAUUGACUUGCAGGUCAAGUAUAUUAUGAAGUGUUGGGGAAGAAAAGUUGGGUUGACCAAGGCAGCACGAGUUAAGCAAGAUUUGUGUGCCACUGGCCACGAAUGCUUCUUCGUAGUCUUCAGCCAGUGGUUGCAGUGUGUUAAACCAGCUAGCCUGUUAAGUGUGUCUAGUAUAGUCUACUGUUAGAGAGCACCCAUUCAGUAUUUGGCUAUCAAUGAGAACUGGAGUAUGGCACACAGACUAUCUUAAUGCAUAAAUGAUAGCGUAAUGCCUCUUGUCAGCCAUUUCUUCUCUCGACAAAGUAAAAUCAUUUUAGGUAUGCUUACUUUAUUACCAUCUAGGUGUUUCCUUUAUGAGUGGACCGUUAUGUGCGCUCAACAGCUCAACUUUACUGCAAACCACGAGCACAUGUCAAGCUGCAUCUCUGUGCCUUGUAAAUGUACAAAUGUUGCUGUCAAGCAGCAGCACUUGCUACUGGUUCACAAGCCUGGCACUUCUUCCUUCUCAUCAUUAUCACAUGGAGUGCAUUUCAGCAGCCACCAUAACGAGUUUCUGGCUCAAAACAUUAUCAGUAUAGAGUCGUGCCACCACAGACCAAGAGCAUGUUGCACCAAUCACCCUGUUUAUGAACAUGAAGAGGCAAACUUCCCCCAAAACACUGCCGACGACAAAAGGUGCCGAGCCGCAAUUUGGCAACCGCUUGCAUUGCCUGUAAAUUUGCGCUGUUGACUGUGCAAUGUCCAAUUUAAGCAGAGAAAAGUAUGUGAAUGGAGGAUGCGCAGGGUGAUCUUCCCACAUAGACCAAGCAUGUUUGAGAAUGUAUGCCAGUUAAGAAAAACAAUUUGGCAAGCCUUGCAUUGAACACUACAAGGAUCUGUCCGACUGCAAAUGUUGACAAUGCAGCUUAUGUCAAGCGCACAAAUUUAGAGGUGCUGGCGCUUGGAAAUGCAUUAAGGGAUCUGUGCUGCAAUCGAAAAAAAGGUAUUGCUCUAACCUCCUACAGGACAAGUGGCUGUGAAGGUGCCAAAGGUUGAUCCAGUCACAAUGUGCUAGUGACAUUCAUUUCAGGAUUUGUACCAUGUUCUUUGCAAUACAUGGCAUAGUGCAUGCAUCAUUCCGUUAUUAGGAUGGAGACAGCUGUAUCGUGAAGUAUAAAGAACAGUGUUGCAAUGUUCAUGCACGUGUCGUUGGCAGCGGCCGUUUCGAAGGAGCUGCAGUUCCAGUGAACAUUAUGGGCAAGUAGCGGGAUAUAUCUGUACAAUUCAUGGUUUCACGGUGUGCCAUCCAACGGUGAUCUUUUUGCUUGUUUAAGUUUGAGCAAUGCAUUGUGAAUGUUCCUGUUAGCCGAGUGAAAAUAAAACAGUUGUUGUUC